AUGCCUGCCAAGAAAAAACGCUCCGAGGAACACAAGGCGAAGAUCGCUGCGAGAAAGUUACGGAGUUCGCCCAAGACGCCCGACAUUUGGAACGGGUGUAUCGCUUCGCAGCUACGCAAUGAUUUAAAGGGGAAGGUCUCCUACAUAAGAAUCAACGGAGAGGGACCGGUCGAACCCGUAGCAGACAUGGAAACCCUCGAGCGCAUGGCCCGACUGCUGCAAACGGAUAGUGGUAGGAAGUUGUUUCAGCAAAAUUGA